AUGCUGCUCGCUGCCAGUUUCCGUAUCUAUAUAGUCCCAGUACGACUAAUACUAGGUCGUUCAUACGAAAACUCAUGGAUUCGGUCAAUUGAAACCUUUUGUUUUGCUGCGGAACAACUUUUUGUCUUUCAACUAGACACAGCAAUCUUUCUUAUCUCAGUUGAACGGCUUAUAGCUACAGUGCAUGUAAAGCACUACGAAUAUAUGUUCAGAACAGCUGCACAUAAAGUCGUUCUUAUUACCCUCUUUGUAAUUCUUGACUGCGUUUGUUCGUACUUCUUCUUCUCUGAUGCCAACCUGUACCACGGAUCAAUUACGCUUAUGUACUUCAGUGGUAUAGCAACUACAACAAGAAUCACGGGUUUCGCUGUUAAGAUAACUCUAGCUAACUUCGUCUUUCAAGCACCAAUAAAUGCGAUUCUCGUCUCCCUGGACCUGGCUGAUCUCUACGCAUUUAGCUUACCACCAACCUUCCAGUAA